ACCUCGCUUUUUAACCUCCCCUCUCCCCCUCCUCCCCUCCAUGGAACUCCCCCGCUAUAAAAACCAGCCGGGUCGGGCUUUUCCCCCCCAGCUCCAGCACCUUUUUCCCCGGGCCGCACAGCUCCUCCCUCCCCUGCACAGGGACAGGCUCCUCCUGGGCUGGGCUCUGCCCACCGCCUGCCUCUCCGGCUCCUGCAAGUUCUCCUCCCGGGGCUCUUCGGGCAGCGCCGCCCGCUCUCCCCCGAGCCCCAGCCCGAGCCCGGCGGCUCCGCAGGUUUGAGCGGAGCGGGGACCGACGGCGCCUAAAGAUGCUGAAGGGCGUCUGGUUGCUCGGGGUGUUCAGCGUGGCCGGCAUCCCGGCGCCCAGCCAGAGCCGCAAGCCCGCCAAAGACAUCUGCAGCAAGAGCCGCUGCCCCUGCGAGGAGAAGGAGAACGUGCUGAACAUCAACUGCGAGAACAAAGGCUUCACCACGGUCAGCCUGCUGCAGCCGCCCCCCUCCAAGAUCUACCAGCUCUUCCUCAGCGGCAACGCGCUCACCCGCCUGCACCCCAAUGAGUUCGUCAACUACUCCAACGCCGUGACCCUGCACCUGGGCAACAACGCCAUGCAGGAGAUCCGCACCGGCGCCUUCAGCGGGCUGCGCACGCUCAAGCGCCUGCACCUCAACAACAACCGCCUGGAGGUGCUGCGGGAGGACACCUUCCUGGGCCUGGAGAGCCUGGAGUACCUGCAGGCCGACUACAACUACAUCAGCGCCAUCGAGGCGGGCGCCUUCAGCCAGCUCAACAAGCUCAAGGUGCUCAUCCUCAACGACAACCUCCUGCUCUCGCUGCCCAGCAACGUGUUCCGCUUCGUGCUGCUCACCCACCUGGACCUGCGGGGCAACCGCCUCAAGAUGCUGCCCUUCGCCGGCGUGCUGGAGCACAUCGGCGGCAUCAUGGAGAUCCAGCUGGAGGAGAACCCCUGGAACUGCACCUGCGACCUGCUGCCCCUCAAAGCCUGGCUGGACACCAUCACCGUCUUCGUGGGCGAGAUCGUGUGCGAGACGCCCUUCCGGCUGCACGGCAAGGACGUGACCCAGCUCACCCGGCAGGACCUGUGUCCUCGCCGGAGCUCCGGAGACUCGAACCAGAGGGAGAAGCAUCCUGCCCCCUCGGACACCCACAUCCAGAGGCUGCCCCCCACCGCCAACUCUGCCGUCGGCCCCACCAGAGCCCCGAAAGCCAGCCGGCCGCCCAAGACCCGGAACCGCCCAACGCCUCGGGUCACAGUGUCGAAAGACAGGCAGAUCUUUGGGCCCAUCAUGGUUUACCAGACCAAGUCCCCCGUGCCAAUUACUUGCCCCAGCGGCUGUGUCUGCACUUCGCAAAGCUCGGACAAUGGCCUGAACGUGAACUGCCAGGAGAAGAAGAUCAGCAACAUCUCAGACCUGCACCCAAAACCCACCAGUCCAAAGAAGCUUUACCUGACGAGCAACUAUCUGCAAAUUGUCUAUAAAACCGAUCUCCCAGAAUACAGCUCUCUGGAUCUGUUGCACCUGGGGAACAACCGGAUUGCAGUGAUACAGGAAGGUGCCUUUACAAACCUCACUAGUUUACGCAGACUUUAUCUCAACGGUAACUACCUUGAAGUCCUGUACCCCUCGAUGUUCGAAGGCCUGCACAGCUUGCAGUACCUCUACUUAGAGUAUAACGUCAUCAAGGAAAUCCUGCCCCACACUUUUGACGCUCUGAGUAAUCUUCACCUCCUGUUUCUCAACAACAACUUGCUGAGGUCCCUGCCUGAUAACGUGUUUGGUGGCACUUCCCUCACCAGGCUCAACCUUCGCAACAAUCACUUCUCACACUUGCCUGUGAGAGGGGUCCUGGACCAGCUCUCGGCUUUAAUUCAGAUAGACCUUCAAGAAAACCCUUGGGAUUGCACGUGUGACAUCAUGGGGCUGAGGAACUGGAUCGAGCAAGUCACCGAGCAGAGCCAUCAGCAGUCUGGUCCCCCUGUGGUGAUCAACGAAGUCAUAUGCGAGUCUCCGACUAAGCACUCGGGAGAACACCUGAAGUUCCUGAGCAAGGAGGCCAUCUGCCCCGAGAACCCCGGGUUGUCCGAUUCGACUCUCUUAUCCGUGAACCAGAACACAGACGCGCCACAUCUCCCUAGCGUCUUGCCCAGCUCCUAUCCAGAAAUACACACUGAAGUCCCGCUCUCAGUUUUAAUUUUAGGCUUGCUGGUGGUGUUUAUCCUGUCCGUCUGUUUUGGGGCAGGCUUGUUUGUCUUUGUGCUGAAGCGCCGGAAGGGAGUGCAGAGCAUGCCCAGCAGUGCCAACAACUUAGACAUCAGUUCAUUUCAGCUCCAGUAUGGGUCUUACAACACGGAGACCCACGAUAAAACCGAAGGGCAUGUUUAUAACUAUAUCCCCCCGCCAGUGGGGCAGAUGUGUCAAAACCCAAUCUACAUGCAGAAGGAAGGGGAUCCAGUGGCAUACUACAGGAAUCUCCAUGAGUUUAGCUAUAGCAAUCUUGACCAUAAAAAAGACGACCCAACCAGCCUUGCAUUUACAAUCAGUGCAGCUGAAUUGCUGGAAAAGCAGUCCUCAUCAAGGGAACCGGAGCUGCUGUAUCAAAACAUUGCAGAGCGAGUCAAGGAACUCCCCAGUGGUGGAGUAGUUCAUUAUAACUUUUGCACCUUACCCAAAAGGCAGUUUGCCCCUUCCUAUGAAUCCAGACGCCAAAACCAGGACAGGAUAAAUAAAACUGUUUUAUAUGGGACUCCCAGGAAAUAUUUUGCAGAACAAUCCAAACCUGAGCAUCCUUUACUCCAAGGAAAGCUACAAACAGAACCAGACUACCUCGAAGUUCUGGAGAAACAAACUGCGAUUAGUCAGCUGUGAGGGUGGGCGGGAGAAAAGGAGGCAUUUUUAAAAGGUCUGCACAUCAAACUUGAUGGCUUCAGAGUCAACAGCGAUGUGAUUUGUCACAUUCUCGCCCGUUCCACUUUUUUCAAUAGUAAAACAAAAGAAAAGAAGUGGAAUCCUUAUCCUGCGCUGGGGGUGUGGUGUUGCUUUGGCAAAGUUCCCUUUAAGUUAUUUCUACAUCUCUGCCCCUUUCACUCACUCCCCUUUAGGAACAGUCUCUGCAAAUGAAUGUUUCUACAAUAGAUUUUGCAUAACUCUCUCUUUUUUUGCCUUGGGAGGAAGUGAGGAAAGGGGGACUUGGGGUUAUUAUUUUUUUUUCAAUUAAAAGUGGAAGCAUAAUGUAUUCUGUAGAAGAUCUCCAAAGAUCUUUUUUUUCUGGACUAUUACUUUUUUUUUUUUUUGUAAAUAAUAAUAUACAGUACUGCUGUUUCAAUUACCAAGUGUAGCCACUGGGCGUCACUUCUUUGUGUUAAAGUGCCUUUGCACUUUAAGUACAUUAUUACUUAAUUGUUGCUCUUAGCUUUGAUAAAUUGAACCUAUUUUAAUGUGUUGUAUUUUUGAAAUUAAAAAAAAAAAGAUGUAAAAUAGAUCUAUAUGUCAGCUGCAUUAAAUCGAGAGGUUGAUUUAUAGGAAAGCUGCCCUUCUUUAAGUGAAUUUAGGUCUAGGACUUGAACUGUAAAUUAUUCUCUUCUUUUUCUCCCUCUGGGUUUGUUUUAAGUGAUUCACUGAAAAUCAACUAAGGGGAUUUAGCAAUGGACUAGAGGUAAUCAACUGCCUCAGCUGGGGGUAACAGUUCAUUAAUAAAAGACAUUUAACAUGAUCUCAUAGUGAACUGAACAAUUAAUGUCCCUUCUUAAUUCAUUACACUGCAGCUAACACAGUAAUGUUCUGUGGUUUAAGAUUAUUUUCAUACUGAAGAGAACAUUACUCUACUUGUAAUAUCUAUUUUCUGCAUUAAAUUAGAUAUUUUUCUACAUUUUA